AUGUACGAAGAAAGUACAACCACGUACUACACGACUCGUACUGACUUCCAACCUCAGUACCAAAGAGGUUCAGUCAAUGCUAACCUUGACCCAUCGUAUCUUCGUACUCUACCCGGCAUGCUGAAGGUAGUCGUCAUAGUACUAGACUUCUUGUGCUUCUUCUGUGUACUAGUUGGAGGCCCAGGGUACUAUGCUGGAGUUGGUUUUGCGACUUUUGUGUCAGUUAUUGGCUUCAUGAUCAGCUUGACUCUCCUGAUAUUGUACCUGUGUCACAUCGUGGACAAUCUGGAGAACAUUCCGUGGAUCGUUGGAGUAGGUUAAUGUGAUUUACAGUUGUUAUGAGUUUAGAGUACUGUAGUACUUUAAGGAAGUAAUUUAAGGACUUCAUGGUAAUGUUUAGGAGAUGGUGUACUGCUUUGCGUGGACGAUAUUCUUCUUCAUCGCUGGCAGUGUCCUAGCUGUCGCUUCUGUUUCUCACAGAAAUACGACCGGUUGGGCGUUGGCUGCGGUAAGUUUAUUAUUAUAUUUAUCUUAAAAUUGUAAACUCCGCUGAUAAGUAUAUGAUUUCUCUUUUAUAUUAUACUUUAAAAAAACUUUUAGUUUUUUGCCAUAGCCGCGAUGUGCGCCUACGGACUAGACUGUUACCUAAAAUUUUUGGCUUGGAAGAACGAUGAAGUUGCUAAAGGAGGUGGCGUGUCGUACAACCCACGACCUCGAGUAGAACAUUUUUAA